GGCGUAUUGGCGGGCUGCAUCAUCACCGCUAUCCUCUAUCUCUUCGCCGUGCUCCAGCAACAUGUGGGGCAGGAGCGCAGGAGGCCAUCAGUGGAUGUGGAUGCGCGCCUCCGCGCCAUUGAAGAGCAAGUGGCGCGGAUGGCAGCGGCGGACGUGGUGGGGGUGGUGAGGGAGGAGGUGGGGCGCGUGGGCGGGCAGGUGGAGGCGGUGCAGGCGCUGCAGCGAGCCAGUGCGCAGGCUGGGGGGGAUAGAGGGGCGGCGCUGGAGGCGAGGGCGAGGGAGGCGGAGGAGAGGGCGGCGCAGCUGAACGACACGGUGGGGCGCCUGCAGGCCGCUCUCAGGCAGCACAGCGCCACCAUCGCUGCCAUGCAGGCAGUGGAGCAGGCAGCAGCAGGGGCGGCAGGUGCGGAAGGGGGGCGGGCGCUGGGCAGGACGGUGGUGGAGGAGGACCACCCGGGGCGAUGGAGGCAGCACACCUUCCACCGCACCGGCGCCUAUGGCUUCAUCCAGUACAGUGCGUACCGGGUGUCAGCGGCGCGCAUAGCGGUGGUGGGGAUGGGCGCACUGGGGCUGCGCAGCAAGCGGCGAGUGGAGGGGUGCUGGUGGCACCGCCUGGACGGGCACACGGUGAUCGCGGGCAAGCUCACGCAGAUGGUCAUGGAGGAGCACCACAACUACCUCUACGAGCUGGUGGUGCUGCAGUGCGCGCUGGAGGAGGAGGUGGCGGAGACGGGCGGGCAUCUGCGCAUCUUCCUCGACCGCCAAGUGCUCUUCCCCUUCCGCGAAGACACCAAGGAGAAGAUAGACAACGGAACGGGACCCAUGCCGUACCGCUUGGCGUACUGCGGCCCCCCCAUGCACGCGGAGAUGGAGCAGCGCAGCGUGCAGCAGUUCAUCGCCUACCACCGCUACGCCGCCGGCUACGACCACUUGCAGCUGUACGACGCCACCGCCGUCACGCCCGCCCUCACAGCGGCGCUGCAGCCGCUCAUGGACGACGGGCUGCUGACCAUCGCUGACUUCCGCCAGGCCUACCAGUUUGACUCCUGGUACUUCUCCCAGGCGGUGGCGAUGCACGACUGCAUGUAUGGCAUGCGGCAACGCGCGGACUGGAUAGCCUUCCACGACCUGGACGAGUACCUCGCACUGCCCCCGCCCGCCUCCGUGCCCGCGCUGCUGCAGCGCUACGCCGCACUGCCCUACAUCACACUCGGCAUGUACGUGUUCAGCGCGCACCUGUGUGAGGAGGGGCCCGAGGACGUGUGGAGCGACGAGGAGAAACGCUUUGCGGUGGAGCGCAUGGUGCAGCGGCGGGCGACGCCGUACUGCCUGCGUGCUGAGGACGACCCGAAGCUGUGCAUCGACUACUACGGCCACCGCAAGACGUUCCUCAACCCCCGCAAGGUGGAGGCGGUGUACGUGCACCUGGUGGACAAGCCGGCCACGGGCGGGGUGGACCUGAGUGUGGACGAGAUGUACUUCGCCCACCUGCGCUCGCUCACCGGCAAGGCCGUGGCGUGCCGCCCGCCCACGGACAAGGAGAACGACCUGCCGCCCGCGGAGCUGGAGAGGUGCACCACCGUGGCUGAGACCGCUGCGCGCGCCCGGGAGUGCGCCCAGGAGGGCUUCUCCAACCAGGUGGGCCGGUGGGCAGGGCCGAGGGGUCGUUGGGUGCGCUCUAUGAUGGGUCUCCGUGCCUCCCCCACCACUGCUGCUAUUGCCUGCCCUGUGCGUGGCUGGUGUGUGUGCUGCACCACUCACGCCCCCCACUCCCCUAUGUUUUCCUCUGCAGUUCCUGUGCAAGCCCAGAGCCACACGCUAGCUGCCUCUCCACACGCCUGCCAUUUGCUCCGCCUGCCGCCGUGCAGCAGUAACCUGCCAUGCCCACCUCGUUCCAAGGGGAAGGGGCAUGCUUCGAGCAACGCACUUGCUGUGCCAUGA